AUGAGCCUCUACUACGUAUACAUGCGCUGGUUCAGGAGGACCGACGGGAGGAGCGGCUACUUUUCCCGCCACCUCCUCACCUGCGAGUCGCGCUACGUCGCAGACGAAUUUUUCCGCGUAUGCCAAGACCUCAAAGACGCCCGCGGACAGCCUCGAUUCACAAAGCUUGAGCGCAGCACACCGCAGUUCUGGAUCUACGACACCGCCGACAACAUCCCGUGGAACGCGCUUGUCGAUGUCCUGUGCAGUAGCCCCCUGCCGGCCAGUACUGAGGGGAGGGUCAUGUCGAUGCGCCUCCACGCGGACGACGGCCCGUGCCACGAGUGGGCGGUUGCUCCCGUGGUUCCGGGGCGGGAUUGGGUCAACGGGAACACAUACUUCGUUCGUAACAUCAGACAGCCGAACCUGUACUGGUAUGAUGGCGGGAGCAAUGGCCGGCUGUCCGUAUCGGAUGGAGGCCCGAGGACCAAGUUCCGUAUAGUCGGCACCAACCUCGGGAUCGAUAAAAGGGUGCUGAUACGGUCCGACCAUGUCCGGCUUGAGACCCCCCAGACGCUUAACAAUCCGACAAAGCAUCUCAGAAACGAGGGCAACAAUCGCCUCAUGUGUUCGUCGUUGGGUGGACGGUAUUGGACGUUCAGAUUCGAAGAUCUCCUCGGAAAGUUUGGAACUAUGUGGCUGGAAGGAUCAGCUACACCGUGGAUGCAAGGGCACGUGACGUGGAGUGAGGGGGAUGAUCAGGAUGAGUGGGAGCUCUGUUAG